GCUUUGGAGUGCAGUGUGAGGAUGUCCACGUCCAUGUGCAAUUUCCAACCUCUUCCUCCUUUUUCCGGAGUGACAAUGGCAAAGGCGGGCCACAACCAGUCAAACACUCCCCUGUUGUGGAUGUGUUCACUGUUACCUUUAACAACACAACACUUCCCUGGAUUGCUACAUACAGCAAUCUUAAUUUAGUUACAUGUUUUGAAAUAAGGCUCUUGAACUCAGCACUGUAAUACUGCAAAAGUAGCCUCAUAAGUUAUUAAGCUCAUGUUUGUAAUGAAGCAAUGUCAUAAAUACAGAAGUACAUGAUCACUGUAGUCUUUGUUAACUCACAUGUGACUUUUGGUAUAAUUAGUGUUCUCCUACAAGCUGUUACAAUACAGAUGCAAGUGUAAUAUUAUACUGAUAACUUGUUUUGCAAUUAAAAUUCACGAGUCAUCAUAAAAAUUCAGACGUUUUUUCAUUUGUCCCAACAGGAAAAUGAGAAGAACAAGACAUAUCAUUGUGUUGCUCUCAGAUGAUGCUCUGCUGCUUCCUACUUACCAACAUAUUUGUAGAAAUAUGACAGUUGUAAUUUAUUGCACUGACUUAAAAGUAGGUGUAUUGGAUGUCAUUGGAACAAUCUUCCCGAGAUGUAAAAUGUUUAUUUCUUGAUAUUCUAACAGGAAAGGCACUGUACACCUCAAUGUUAAAUUUGAAUUAAUUUUGUAAGCAUAUGACAAAUGUUAAUACUUAAAUGCUGAAAUUGCACAUAGAAUUAUGGUGAAAAACAUGAGAUACAGCCAUAAUACCACUGUUAUUUGAUAUAUGAUUUAGCAAUGCAACAGGAAUUUUAAUUAUUGGUCAAAUUUGUCUAUAAAAUGUAAGAAAAUAGUAAAAUGUGCCAAUUCAGUUUUCAGUUUUUCCAAGAUGAUGUCACUUAACAGUCACAAAAUACAACAACAGUGAAUUUCCACUACAGAGAAGCUGGAAGUGGGUUUUAAAAACGUUGACAUGAAUGAUUUCCACUGCUGAUUAGUCUGAUAGUAUUUGCUAAAUAAAGACCUGCUAAACAUUUAAAUCCAGUGGACAGAAGAAAAGAAAUGGGUCUUUCAAAUGUACAGUGCGACCUCUGACAACCACCUGUUCAUAUCCUUGUUAUGCAACCUACCUCAUUCACACCGUGCUUCUCAGCCACUGGCCUGACAUGGCCCGGACACAUUCAGCCUAAGCUCAAGCAAGCAUGUCUCUACAACAACAUCAUUUAAACCUAGCUUUAGUUUUCAGAUUGGAGAUGCAGAGUAAAUACUGCUGUCAUGUCACGUGUCAGGUCCAUGGUUUUGACUGUGCUGAACAGCCAAAGAUGUGAAAGCACAGCUAGAGGCCUUACCUAAUAUCUUCAGGACAAGUUAUUGUUAGAACAACAACAAUGCCAGGGCCGACUAAAAAUACAGCUGGACUAACUGGCAUGCUUCUCGUCUUUACUUAUCUCUCACCUACUGUAGUACAAAACAAAAAUAUCUCCUCAGGACUGAUGAGAGGAACUUGGGAUUACAGUGAUCUGCUUAUAACAUUUUGUUUUAAAAUACACCACCACCACAACAACAACAAUAAUAAAAGGUUGCAUUGCUCAACAAUAUUGUUGAAUGAGAAAAUUUGAAUAAGUGAAAAGUGAAAAAAUCUUAUAAGGAAAACUGAAGUAAAACAGGUUUAACAUUCAUAGAUCAUUCUAGGUCUUUUUUUUUUUUUUUUUACAAAUGACAGAAAACAUAACAGUGAAUAAAAAAGCUAAUUAUAUUCACAAAUGUAUCAGCUGCAGUCAAAUGGAAACUUACACCCACAGAUUACACCUGUGAAAUAGGGCACUGUCACAUGGUGGUAUAUUCCUGCACUAUUUGCUGAUGCUGAAAUGGUGUAAACUUCCUUUAACACACCUCAGCUGUUUCCUAUAUGACGUUUUGCCUGGGAUUACAGGUUGAAGCUGUGGCAGCAUUUACGGACAAGUACGUACGUUACGUUACUUAACUGAGUGAGUGACAGCAGACAGGGACACCUGAGCCUCUGCUCACAUAACGCGACAGGAAUUCAUUACUCAAUGCUAUUCAUUAUUCAAUGCUUCCUUUUUCUGACAUUUCACAUCCUGAAUCAUUUACAAAGCAUUUUUUAUCUGAAUGUGAUUUGGUUGAGGACUUUGUGGAUCUUUAAAUAAAAAGUUUUGUUGACAGUAAUGAAUGAGAAAAAUCCAUAUACUUAAAGUGCACUCUUAUUAAACAUUAAUAUCAAACAUUACUAUUAAAAAAAGGGGGCAGCUAAUUUCCUAGUGAUUGUGACUGGAGUCACGCAUGAAAACAGAACAGGAAAAACUUUUCUGGCCAGUCAUGAACUUUACAGGUUCUUAGGAAAAAGGAUCCCAGUCCAGAGAUUUGGAAAUAUUUUAUCUGAGGAUGGACGAGAAAGAAAAUGGCUGGUUUCAUGGACAUUAAGUACAGAAAAACAAACCCCAGAAUCAUAAUAAAUAAAAAAAAAAAAAAAAAAAAAAAAAAAACCUGUACUAUUAACACUUGGUCCUAUUAUUGGUUUUCAUGUGAUCUUGGUGCCCAAAAUACUCCUGUAAAAACCUUCGCCAUGGACGUGUGACUCAAGGCUCAGGCCACCUCUUCCCACCCCCGGAGCAUCUGCCAUUAUGUAUCCUAUUAUGUAGCCCUGAAAACAAUUACAUAAAGCCUAUACACUGCUGAAUACGAGUGUUCAUCAGCUUACAGAAGGGGAUUUUGUUAACUGGAUUAGCGGUAGAUUUAAACUCUGCAUUUAGGUUCAAGAAGUGAAAAUAAUCAGUGAGCCCGUCUGUGCAUCAGGUAUAAAAGGCUGACACACCAUCUUCUCACCACAGCUCAGACAUACAGCAACAGCUCUGCUCUGAAAACCUCUUGCAGCUUCAUUCCACACUUCAGGUAAGGAGAUGCAGCUUUGUGCAAACCAGCUGACUUUUUUUACAAUAGAGUUGCUAGAGAGAUGUUCUGGUUUAGCUGUGGGCAGCUUCUUCAAAUAACUGUUGGAAAAAAAAAUCAAAGUCACGCUAUCAAGAAAAUUAACAUUUGCUGGAUUUGGGUUUUUGCCUAGAAUGGACUUCCAAAUUUUUGCCCUGGUGAUGUUGUUCCUGGCCUGCGUGGAGCAGAGCCUGGCCUCCUGCGUGGUGGACAGCUUCACAGUCAAAGAGGACUUUGAUCCCAAAAGAUAUGCUGGGAAAUGGUACGCUCUGCAGAAGAAAGAUCCCGAGGGUUUGUUCCUGCAGGACAACAUCUCUGCUGAAUACACUGUAGGAGAUGAUGGUGCCAUGGUGGCCUCUUCCAGGGGCAGAGUCACUCUCUUUGGGUUCUGGGUUGUGUGCGCCGACAUGGCUGCUCAGUACUCAGUGCCUGACCCCGGCAACCCUGGCAAGAUGUUCAUGAACUACCAGGGACUGGCCAGCUACCUGUCCAGCGGCGGUGACAACUACUGGGUCAUUGACACUGACUAUGACAACUAUGCCAUCACCUACGCCUGCCGCACCCUGAAGGAGGAUGGAAGCUGCGAGGAUGGCUAUGCCCUGGUCUUCUCCCGCAACCCCCGCGGCCUCCCCCCUGCCAUCCAGAGAGUCGUGCGCCAGAAACAAGAGGAAAUCUGCAUGGCCGGACAGUUCCAGCCUGUGCUGCAGUCCGGUAUGUACUCAGUCUUUCACAUUCAGUUAACAGAUAGUGAAACUGCCAUUUGACGCCCUGAUGCCAAAAAACUUCUAAAAAGUUGUAAAAUUAGAAGUAAAUGAAGAUGUACACACUCUUGUAUUCCUAGUAUUAUUCUAUAUUUUUUUUACUUGAAAUGUAGAAAAGAAAGGAAUUAGCUAAAUAAUUUGUUUAUCUAUAUUUUCCCUGUUUAUAUUUUAAUCUUUAAAUUCAAGGUAAAUGUUUCAAACUCUGUGCUACAUGUAAACUCAUCUAACACUUGUUGUUCUUCUUUCUCUAUUCAUAACAGGAGCUUGCUAAACUGGUCCUAAGCCUGAGUUUGUUGAGCAGCCCAUCUACUACACUGGAUUGAUCAUCCUGCCCAAGAUGAGGACAGAGCUCUUCUAAAAUACACUAAUAGGAGAAUAAUCCUGUUACACUUACGAUUUGCUAUGUUCCAAACAGAUAGGAGAGAAUCAAAUGCCCCCAUGAAAAAAUUUAAUCAACACUGCCAAGAUGAAAAUAUAUUUCCAACCAAAUCCAAUGAAAACUAUUAUCGGUUGAGUGAAUGUGAUGAUAGAAACCAACUGAGCGGUAUUGUCACAUUGAUGGGUAACAUCUGCACUAUGUAAUCAUUCUGUAAUGGUGACAAUAAAUUUUGUAAAGAAAUUUGCUGUUGUCUUUGUGUUUGUAAAAACAACUGUGUAAACAACCUAGACUGGUGAUCCAACCUUUACUUAUCUAGUGCACAAACACAUAUAAAACACAAUUAUAUAAAAAUCUGCAUCAUUUCAAGUAUACAAAAUAGAAUUUAACACAUUU